AUGCGAUCAUCAAGACGACAUAUGCUGUUGUUAAAGAGAUUCCUUGAUGAUGAAGCUAGUGAGGAAAGUGAUACUGGUCAUGGUGAUGGUAAGGGUGGUGGGAAUAAUAAUAAGAAGAAGAUUGAUAAUGAUAAUGACGAUGAUGAUGAUGUAUCAUCGGAGGAGUCAUCGGAUGUAUCAGAAUUAAUGGCGGAUAUAGAGGAGGAGAUAGCAUUGAAGGAUAGACUACUAGAGGAUAGUGAAAAAUUGGCUGAUUUCCAUGCUCAUUGGGAGAUGAGGAGGGACGAGGCCCUGAUUAAGGCAGUAGAAGAGGGUAAACUAUUUACUAAGAAGGGAUCUAGAACAAGAGGAGAAGCAGCAGCAGAAGAUGAGGCUGAGAAGGAUGUUGCACAAGAGUUAGAUAGAUUACAUCAUGAGGAAGAGAACUGUGAUGAUGAUGAUGAUGAUGAUGAUUUGGAUUCAAUGGAUCUGGGUAGUGAUCUAGUUGUUAGUGAAGAUGAUAUCAUCAGUGAAGAAGGCAGUGAUGGUGGUGAUGGUGGUACUCUUAGGGAUGAUAUCAAGUCGAUAUCAUCCACGAAAGUUAUUAUGGAAAGAUUAAAGGAAGCACGGAGAGAAGAAAGAUUAAAGAAGAUGAAAGAGGUUGAGAGGAGGAAGAAAACAAUGAAGGAAGUGAAAUCACAGUUGGAGAGUGGUUUAUCUACACUGGAAGAUAGGGAACAGGAACAAUACAUAAAAUACUACUACUUCAAGGAGUUCCAUAGGCCUUCCUGA